AUGACACCGGCCGGCCACGGACAACUCGGGAAUGCUUACGCUUCAGACUCGCCAUCACAGCAGGCGGCCGAGAUGAGCGUUGUGCUGUGCACUUCUGGCUACGACCACACGAUCCGCUUCUGGGAGGCGUGGAGCGGCAUCUGCUACCGCCAGAUCCCUCUGCAGCCGCAAUGGAAACAGGUGAACCGCCUCGCAAUCAGUCCCGACAAGAUGUACCUCGCCGCAGCCGGGAACGCCGUCGGCAACACGGCAGUGCGGAUAUGGGACAUUCCCUCACUCUCGAACACGCCAGUGAUGACGCUGGACGGGCAUACGGGCAAUGUGACAGCGCUGCAGUACUCUGCGCAAGGCAAGUGGAUCGUGACGGGCUCCGAGGACGGGACGGUCAAGGUGUGGGACACAAGAACGGGACAGGUGCAGCGCACGUACAAGCACGAGGGGACGAUGGUGAACGAUGUGGUGAUCCACCCGAAUCAGGGUGAGCUGAUCAGCUGCGACCAGGUGGGCAGUGUCAAGAUCUGGGACCUGGGCGAGAACACCUGCACACACGAGCUCGUGCCGGCUGAAGACGUACCCAUCCGCUCGGUCAGCAUUGCCAGCGACGGAGGAACCUUAGUCGCAGGCAAUAACCUCGGUACCGUCUUCGUGUGGCGCAUACAGAGCGGGAGCGAUACACCGUCGCUCGUACCCGUUACCUCGUUCCUCGCCCACUCCAAGUACAUCACGCGCUGCCUGUUAUCGCCCGACACGCGGUUCCUCGCCACGUGUUCGGCCGACACGACUGUCAAGCUCUGGAGCACCAAGGACUACGAAUACACGCUUGACCGCACGCUCGAGGGACACCAGCGCUGGGUAUGGGAUGCUGCGUUCUCCGCCGACUCGGCUUACCUCGUUACCGCCUCUAGCGACCACGCGGCGCGUCUCUGGGAUCUCGCUACUGGCGAGACGGUCCGGCAGUACGAAGGAGUAGAUACUUAUUGUCUUUCAGAAAGCACCAGACAUGGCUGA